CGGAAAAUAUCGGGCUAUUCUCUUUAGUGUUUGCCCUGUCCACACUCACCCUCUCUACCUCUUCCCCGUAUUUUCAUACUAAACCAUUCUAGAACCCCUAUAAAAAGGACGAAAGCGAACAGACACUACGCUUUAACAUCUUAUCUCAUGGAGUAAAUCACAGCCGGAGAGAAAUAAAACCGAGGUAGAGCUUUGCAGUCGUUUUUCACUCUACAAACCCACAAUCUUCAUUCUCUCUCUUUCACACACAACUCUCUCUGUAAUAUUCACUUCUUUCCCGACUGCAAGGUUUAUAUCUGGUCAUUCAAUCAACCCACCUCUCUACAAGCCAAUCAGAAUGUCACAGCUUCAGUUCCAAGCGCCUGGCAACCCUGCACCCAGCAGCGCCCCUUUACAACUGGCCCCGCCCCAACCUGGGUUCAGCAUUCCCUGUGGGACCGCCCCCUUACCCUCAGAGAGUGCCAGUCACCCACUGCGAAACUCCGCUCUGCCUUCUGCCUCAGCCACGCCCUUCUGUAACCCUACAGUAUCUAACAUGGCAAACCCUAAAGAGAAGACCCCAAUGUGUUUAGUAAAUGAGUUAGCCCGUUACAACAAGAUCCAACCUGAAUACAAGCUGCUCAGUGAAGAAGGACCAGCCCACUCCAAGAUUUUCUCAGUGCGCUUGACUCUGGGGGAUCAGCAUUGGGACGCAGAGGGGACCAGUAUUAAAAAAGCGCAGCACUCUGCAGCAUCAAGUGCUCUCGCCCAAACAACUCUCCCCAAACCCAGUCACAGAAGCCCCCGCCACCCCGGUAAGAGCCCAGGUGGGAUCUACAAGGGCUCAGAGUAUAAUGUAACCCACACUGUGGAGCUUAAUGCACUUUGUAUGAAGUUGGGCAAAAAGCCCAUCUAUAAACCUAUAGAUGCCUACCAGGGGAUGAGACCAGCAUUUAACUACAACAUCAGAGCACCAAGCCCGUAUGCACGCUCCAUGCAGCAUUAUUACUACCCAUUUCCUCCUGUGGGGCCAGUACUGUAUCAUAUGGAGCUGUCAAUCGGUGGUCAACAGUUUCAUGGCAAGGGCCGCACACGUCAGGCCGCCAAACAUGACGCUGCAGCCAAAGCUAUCAAAUACCUGCAGAAAGAGCCAAUAUUGCAGCAAAUAACUGAGAUGACGGACGAGCCAGCACAAGAAAAUCUAAACAAAUCAGAGAUUAGCCAAGUGUUUGAGAUUGCAUUAAAGCGCAACAUGCCUGUGGACUUUGAGGUGCUAAAAGAGGCAGGGGCUCCUCACAUGAAGAGUUUUGUGGUGAGGGUAGUGGUAGGUGAGUUUGCAGGGGAGGGUGAAGGCAAAAGCAAGAAGAUUGCAAAGAAACAAGCUGCCAUCGCCGUCCUGGAGGAGCUGCGCAGACUGCCUCAACUUCCUGCCACUGACAAAAUACCAUUACGCAUUAAGAAGAAAAGCAAGUCCAUAAUUAAGCUGCAGACCAGUCCAGAGUACGGUCAGGGCAUGAACCCCAUCAGCAGACUGGCUCAGAUCCAGCAGGCCAAGAAAGAAAAAGAGCCAGAGUACACUUUAGUAACGGAGCGAGGACUGCCUCGGCGCAGAGAGUUUGUCAUGCAGGUAUCAGUUGCGGGUCAGAAUGCUGAGGGAAUGGGACCUAGUAAAAAAGUGGCCAAGCGAAAUGCAGCGGAGAAAAUGCUGGAACUUCUGGGCUUCAAAGUGCCUCAGCCACAACCUCCCAAACCGGCACUGAAAACUGAUGAGAAACCGCCUGCUAAGAAACUUGGAGAUGGACGAAAAGUGACCUUUUUUGAGCCGGGAUCUAUGGAGAAAGCUGGUCUUGUGGUCAGUAAGGAGGAGGAUUUCCGCCUUCCCUUCCUCAGCCAUCAGCAGCUUCCGGCUGGCAUUUUACCCAUGGUGCCUGAGGUAGCACAGGCGGUGGGUGCCAACCAGGGUCCCCAUGCCAAAGACUACGGUCGCACAGCUGCCCCAAACCCAGCCAACGCUACAGUGACGGCCAUGAUUGCCAAUGAGCUGCUGUACGCUGGCACUUCCCCGACCGCUGAGGGAAUACUGAAGACCAACAACAGCCUGGCACACAGACCCCAAGGGCCCCUGACCAGACCAUCUGAACAGCUCAGCUACCUGGCCAAUGUACAGGGCUUACAGGUUGAAUAUAAAGACUUUCCCAAAAAUAACAAGAACGAGUUUGUGUCUUUGAUCAACUGCUCCUCUCAGCCUCCUCUCAUCAGCCACGGCAUCGGCAAGGACGUGGAGUCCUGCCAUGACAUGGCUGCUUUGAACAUCCUGAAGCUCCUGUCAGAACUUGACCAGCAGUCCAAUGAGCGCACAGCUAAUGGACCAAUGUCAGGGUGCACCAAACAGGACCUAGAGGGUGACGCAUUACUAAAACCGGCUAACUCAAGCACCAUGGGAAAGACUCUGGAUGGGACAGCCUAGAAUUGUCUAUCGAAGUGGUCAUUUUAUUUGCGAAACACUAGAGAAAAUUCAGAAGCAGAGUUUCUGUCGGCUGCUCAUAAACACAAGUCUUCAAUUCCCAAUUUAAAUGAAGUAUGAAACUCAUUUAAACAAGGUCAAGAUAUAUCGUAGUUGUUUAAUUGUACGCAAACGGCGAUACAUUUUAACCGCUUUGGAAUAGUCGCCUCAUCAUAUCCAUUGAAGUGGAGGUUUUGUUUUUCCGUUGUUAAAUUGUAAAAAGAUUAUCGUGAAGUUUGACUCGAGUAGACCGGCUAUGUUUCGUUGUUCAUGAUUUUUUUUAUUUUCACGCUUUUAUUUUUCUCUUGUUUUUAACAUUGUGUUAUGUGAACCCAUAGAGUUGGGUUAUUGUGUUAGCGCUGUUGUGAAGUGCAGUAUGAAACCCCAUUGAAGGAUAUGAUGAAGCUCUCAUACAUGUCUCUGCUGCGGUGAUUUUUCUCCAGUGCUUUUUUUUGAGUUACGACGACGACCAUAACACAUACGGAAAACGAAAUUUCAACUACAUCGUCAUGUAGGUCUGGGAAAAAGUGUUGUUGUGACUUCAGUAUAGAGUGUGUGAUUGUGUUUUUUCUGUUUGUUGUGUGAGAGAGCGUGAGCGAGUGAAUGUAUGUUCAAGCACGCUAAUGUUCAGUCAUGUCAGUCAGUUAAACUGAUGCAUUCUCCUGUCCGUGUCCACCCUGUCCACUCUGCCAGUUGGAUUUUGUUUUCCUCAAAAUAUAAGUAAAAACUUUGUGCAUCUCGCACAAAUAAAAGUG